UUCAUUGAAUGCAUUGACUAAAAAUAAUGAAAAACCUCUCGACUCAAGGACCAAGACUCGACGAGUCAAGACUGCGUCGUUGAGUAGUCUGCGUGGCAGGCAGCUGCUGUACGUUCUUCCCAGUGUAGGUGAUUCCUGUAAGUUUAUUUCUGCUCGGCGUGGUCUUCAACAGAGAUUGAUAAUUAUACAAGUGUUGCACAAGUUGUGUGACUCACCGGAACUCCGGCGUCGACUUCACUUCCUGAGCAUGCAGUGGAAAUACUGGGGGUCUAACGAAGAUACUCGAACCUGACUUGAAAACGGCAGUGUUGCUGCACACGAGGUCAACUUUCUCCUUUAGUUUUGAUUCUUUCAGAUGGCUUCCAAGUCAGCUGACUCCAUCUUGGACAAUGGAGAACGCAAGUAUGUGCUUAGUGUCGACAUUGGCAGCACAAGCAUGAGAUGUUUUGUCAUCGACAAAGACCUGAAGUUUGUUGGCAAAGCUGCUCAGCCGAUGGAGUACACGCGUCCCCAGCAGGGCCAUGUCGAGCUGGAUCCAGAGCUGAUUUGGGAACGGUUUGUCACCAUCAUCAAGGAAGCUAUGGAAACUGCUAAAAUUACAGCAAGCCAGGUAUCUUCUCUUGGCAUCAGCUUGGCGAGAGGAACUUUCACAUCCUGGGAUAGGGAGACAGGGGAGAUUGUGCAUCCAUUCAUCUCCUGGCAGGAUACACGCUCUGCACCCUUGGCCAAGUCUUGGAACAACAGCCUCAUGUUCAAGGCGAUUUCCAAGGCGUCCCGGGCUAUCUAUACCGUCACCAGGAUUCGUCGCUUUUUGGCUAUGUCUGUUAUCGAGUUCAAGAGUCUCCAUAUGUGCAUCCGAGCCCAGUGGGUACUGGAUAAUAUUCCCCGGGCGAGAGAAUUGGCCGAUGCGGGACAAUUGAUGUUCGGUACCCUAGAUACUUUUCUGCUUUGGAGACUCUCUGGAGGGAAGGUUCAUGCGACCGACGCCUCCAACGCCAGUGCAACGGCUAUUUACGAUGCAUACACGACUAGCUGGAGCUCGACGGUGUGCAAGUUGAUGAACAUUCCAUUGAACUCAUUACCAGUAAUUGUUGACACUAGCACGCACAUCUGCACCAGUGAGGAUGAGAUUUUCGGCGGACCCAUUGAAGUUCAUGCCGUUGCUGCAGAUCAGCAAUCUUCUCUCUUUGGGCAGGCAUGCUGGGAAGAUAGGGAGCUGAAGCUUACGCUAGGCUCCGGUUCCUUUCUGGAUGUCCGCACCGUUACUCCGCAUGCAUCUCCAUCAGGUAUCUAUCCCAUGGUGGCGUGGCAAAUUAAUGGAGAGGUGUCGUUCAUGGCUGAAGGCGUGGCAAUCAGCACAGGGCAUUGUGUGGAGUGGGCAAGCAAAGUCGGUUGGUUCGAGAAUGUUGCAGAUACAUCGCGCAUGGCGGAGUCUGUUGAAGAUUCAGGUGGCGUUUGCUUCGUUCCAGCCAUUGCUGGCUUAGAGGCACCAAUCAAUGACCCGACUGCAUGCUGCUCCGUUCUGGGUAUCAAACCCGACACUCGUCGUGAGCAUCUGGUCCGUGCGAUGCUCGAGUCAUUUGCUUUCCGGGCAUCUCAGAUUUUGGAUCGAGCUCAGGAGGAGAUUGGUAAUCUACCAGACUGCGUAAGAGUGGAUGGAGGUGUAUCGGAAAAUAACUUCUUGCUGCAAACCAUUGCUGACCUGACGUCGUGUAAGAUUCAGAGGGCAGCCGUUCGAGAGACGACCGCGCUUGGAGUUGCCUUCUUUGCUGGCCUAAGCUCAGGGCUCUGGGCAUCGCGUGAUGAGAUCAAGGAGAAAGUGAUUUUCACUGACAUCUUUGUGCCGAACCCUGAGAACAAGGCUCGCCUUCUAGAAGCGCGUGAACUUUGGUCGAAAGCAGUGGGGCGAAGUCUCAAGUGGUACAGAUAUUGAAUUCGGCCCGUACCGCAUAGUACAACUAUGCCCAGCCGAGCACACAGCUAUUGUUUUCGAACCCAAUCAGGAUCACCUACUGGACAGGCACAUUACACUCGUUUGCCAGAAGUUCCUGUGUUGCAUUGCCGUGUACAUGUGCAUGUAUCUUAACUAGUUAGCUUAGAUUCCCGUGGUAUUUAGAGAUGUUGUAUGUAGGCCAAUGGUCCCAGUAGCCCACUGUACGAGACAGUUACAUGGAUGUGUUGCUACCUUCAUGUCCUGACCUGCCCAAGACAAGUCACCACACUAGAGAGCCGCGUAUUUGCUUAUUUCAGUCAUCUCUGCGAUUAGACCCUAGGGCAUUUCCUUUUCCUUUGCCAUACAUCAAAGCUUUGUAUUUUCUUGAGGAACAUUAUGUGUUGCCUUGUCACUAGGCGUUGAUUGUUCAUCACUUGCCACCCAAUGCGAACACACGGAAACAUUUUUUUUAGUUCUUCAGUACACUUGUAUUCCACACUAGCCCUGUACUGGUAGUACAUGUACUGCUUUUCUUACUCUUUUUAGGGCUCUAUUAGUCUUUUUCAGAACAUGGAGACUCCACGUCAGCCAACUGAUCAUCCCUUAUAUUUAUAAUGACUAGCCACGCCAUAGAUACAGAUUUUAAGUUGUAUUUUUUUUGUGAAAACUGGAUCGGUCUUCAAACUUUCCUUUUUCCUAGCUAGACUCCUGUCUUCUUCUGGAACUUUUCCUCUCUCUAAUCUCAGCCUCUCACUGGAACGAAUCUAUUGUCUACUUUCCAAUGGUGUACCCCAGAAAGCGAGUGGGUAUCUUGUCUUUCCUACUCAUUUGAGCACUGCUCUACAGUAUCAUCACGCCGCUCCUCGGUCCAGCUUCUCAUGCCGAAGCAUGUCGCGCACUUGUGUGGUAUAUUUGUAGUGCCAUGUGUUGUACAUCUUUGUCACAUUCUACAAUGUACCUCUCCUUGCUCUUGUCCGAUAUUUCAGUGUCUUCUUCAACUGGAUUUUCAUAUCUCUGAGUUCCAUGCAUCUCUCUGA